CGGGCGGCUAGCGCGGCAAGGCAUUCAGUAUUUGAAAACACAAACAAGCGAAGAGAAGUGAAGAAGCGGUAAUACUACCGAACAAGUUAACCCAAAGCGAUUUGCAAUCAAGUGGAAUAUUCAAGCAUAUUUUGAAGAAAGUCAAGAAGAAGUAUAAGAAAAAUGCCAGCCAUCGGAAUUGAUCUUGGUACCACCUACUCCUGCGUCGGAGUAUGGCAGCAUGGAAACGUGGAGAUCAUCGCCAACGACCAGGGCAACCGUACCACACCAUCAUACGUCGCCUUCACAGACUCCGAGCGACUCAUCGGAGAUGCUGCGAAGAACCAGGUCGCCCUCAACCCUAACAACACAGUUUUCGACGCAAAACGACUCAUUGGCCGCAAGUUUGACGACCCGAAGAUUCAACAGGACAUGCAACACUGGCCCUUCAAAGUUAUCAACGACUGUGGAAAGCCUAAAAUUCAAGUUGAAUUCAAAGGAGAAACGAAACGAUUCGCGCCUGAAGAAAUCAGCAGCAUGGUACUGACAAAGAUGAAGGAAACAGCUGAAGCAUACCUCGGUACCUCAGUGCGCGAUGCAGUAAUCACAGUCCCGGCUUACUUCAACGACUCACAGCGACAGGCCACUAAAGACGCCGGUGCCAUUGCCGGGCUGAAUGUACUGCGCAUCAUCAACGAGCCCACCGCCGCCGCCCUCGCCUACGGACUCGACAAGAACCUCAAAGGCGAACGCAACGUACUAAUAUUCGACCUCGGCGGUGGUACAUUUGAUGUAUCAAUCCUUACCAUCGAUGAGGGCUCUCUGUUUGAAGUAAGGUCGACCGCUGGUGACACACAUCUCGGCGGUGAAGACUUCGACAACAGGCUCGUCAACUUCCUCGCCGACGAGUUCAAACGCAAGUUCAAGAAGGAUAUAAAGAACAACUCACGUGCCCUUCGUCGACUACGAACCGCCGCGGAAAGAGCUAAACGUACAUUGUCAUCAAGCACUGAAGCUUCCAUCGAAAUCGACGCGUUGCAUGAGGGCAUCGACUUCUACACCCGAGUGUCACGCGCACGAUUCGAGGAGCUGAAUGCAGACCUAUUCCGCGGUACUUUGGAACCAGUCGAGAAGGCUCUUAAGGACGCGAAGCUAGAUAAGAGCUCUAUCCAUGACGUUGUACUCGUCGGUGGCUCUACUCGCAUCCCGAAGAUCCAGAACAUGCUGCAGAACUUCUUCUGUGGCAAGAAGCUGAACCUUUCCAUCAACCCAGAUGAAGCCGUCGCAUACGGAGCUGCAGUACAGGCAGCUAUUCUGAGCGGCGAGCAGCACUCAAAGAUCCAAGACGUGCUGCUAGUGGACGUCGCUCCUCUAUCGCUCGGCAUUGAAACAGCCGGCGGAGUUAUGACAAAGAUCGUCGAGCGUAACGCUAAGAUUCCCUGCAAACAAAGUCAAACAUUCACCACCUACUCUGAUAAUCAACCGGCUGUCACUAUCCAAGUGUACGAAGGUGAGAGAGCUAUGACCAAGGACAACAACCUGCUUGGCAGAUUCGACUUGACUGGUAUCCCACCGGCACCACGCGGAGUUCCUAAGAUCGACGUUACAUUCGAUCUCGACGCAAACGGCAUCUUGAACGUAUCGGCCAAAGAAAACAGCACAGGCCGCAGCAAAAACAUUGUCAUCAAGAACGACAAGGGCCGUUUGUCGCAGGCUGAGAUUGACCGCAUGUUGUCGGAGGCCGAGAGGUACAAGGAGGAGGACGAGCGCCAACGAGAGAGGGUAACGGCUCGCAACCAGCUUGAGUCGUACAUCUUCAGCGUGAAACAAGCGCUGGACGAUGCUGGCGACAAGUUGAGCGAGCAAGACAAGACAUCUGCGAAGAACGAGUGCGACGAGGCGCUGCGGUGGCUCGACAACAACACGCUCGCUGAGAAGGAUGAGUACGAACACAAGCUGAAGGAGCUGCAGCGCACGUGCUCGCCUAUCAUGAGUAAGAUGCACGGAGCGGGCGCGGCCGACGCGGGCGCCGGACAGCAGUACCGACAGCAAGCACACAGCGGACCCACCGUCGAAGAGGUCGACUAAACUUCACGAACUCAUUAGAAAAUAGAAACACGAUAUUAGUGAUCUGAUCUCUAGUCCCACCAGAACUGUAUUUCCAAGUGAGAACUUUAGCUUGUAAGUUAAUUUAUUGUAAUGUUAAGGAUGAAUGCAAAAGAUCAUGUGCUGACAAAUAAAUAAAUAGAUUUAAGUUUUAAA